AGAAGAACGAGGAAUUUUCCUAGAGCAGCUGUGUUUCGGGCUUAGAACAAUUUGGGAAAUUUUCUGAGACCUCCCGAGGUUCCAGGGACUUCCCUCAUGGACAAGGAAAAAGCAUCGGAAAGCAGCGCAGACGAGCCGAAUUUUCUUGUCGCAAGAUUCCGACAAUGGUAUCAGAACCUGCCACCGUACACAACAGUUUCUCUGACCAGAUUCUACAUUCCGCUUGCCGGUGCUGUGGGGUACUGCGCCCUAUCUGUCAACGUGUUUGUGCCUCAGCUACUCCAAAGAGUGAUUCCGCUCGGCAGCUAUGGAGCGGGUAGCCUCUUACUCCUGAGCUCUCAUCUUGGCGUUGGCUUCUACAUGUUCUACAGGAGGCACAUGAGCGUUCUCAUGCCGUACCAGCGCACAAUGUACUCGAUGUACAGCAGUGUGCUCUUCAAUCUCGGCUCUUUCCUACUCUGGGCUUUCGCUAGGAACGUCGUUCCCCGGAACGGCGUCAUACGGUCGUGUUUCGCCGUCUCAGGCUCGGUGACCAUGCUGAACCUCGGGAUGGAGUACCUGGAUCACGUCGACUCCGAGUUCCGCCUGUGAACUUGAUAUUCAUUUGUACUGACAGCUAACGGUGUAAGGGCGGUGUAAGGGCAUCGAGAAGCCGGCCUUGAUCCCGUCGGUAAUGGCGCCGGCGACUUGGGAAUCGUUUUUCACCUUCCGGGAUAUGUAUUCCGUCAAAGUGCUCCAAGGAGGACAUGGAAAUCUUGUGAUGACAUUGGAGUAUCGGACCCGUCCGUCAGGGAAUCCAAGGGACGGAACAAUUUUUGGAUAGUGGAUCUUUGUUAGAUAGAAUGAGCGAUUGUUCAAUAGAGUGUGAGAACGAUCAAGACGUGAGGCACCCUCAAAAGCCCGCCAGUCCAAGCUGAGCAAUUUGUAAAUAUCUAGUAGGGAAUGAAUUUCUAGACAAGAACGUGUGAGCUCGAUUUGUCUUGUUUCCGCCAAGGUUCCGUGCUCGGUUCCACCGGCAAGUGCUUGCGCAGAGGUAUCUCGCUUGACCCGCGACUCGUAUCUUGUAGGAAGAAUGGAUCUUUUCAACCGCUAUGACUGCGUUUCCCGCGCAGUACCUUGGGAAGGCGUGGUGAAAAGGUGAAGAAUACAUUGAGCUU